AUGUCUAUUUCUCUCAUGUCUGUUGCAUUAUUCAAAACAACUCAAUUGACCAGCUUGGCCCAAAUAAUCAACCCUUUCUCAAGUCCUCAAACGCGUUUCUUUUACCCCUCCACCCCACUUACUAUGAACUCAGCAACCUCAGCUUAUCAAACAUCACAUCACCCCGAAGGAGGAAACGGAGGAACAGCCCCGAAACAAAUGGCUAAAAUCAAUCUUCUCAAGCUCAAUGAUGGGAAUGAGAUUCCAAUGGUGGGGUACGGACUCGGGACAGCGAGGUACAAGUCUGAUGCGAGUGCUCCUCUGGACAAGGAAACUGUGAAGACAGUCGUUAUGGCAAUCAAUGCUGGCUACUAUCACCUCGAUGGCGCAGAGGUCUAUGGCAACGAAGAAGAACUCGGCCAAGCCAUCAAAGAGUCUGGCGUCCCACGAGAAAAGCUUUAUGUCACCACUAAAAUCAGCGGUACAAAAGUCCAAGAUACGCAAAAAGCAUUUGAACUCUCUCUUAAGAAGCUCGGCCUCGAUUACGUGGAUCAGUACCUAAUCCAUGCCCCAUUUUUCGCCAAGACUCCCGAGGACCUUCAAGCAAAAUGGGCAGACAUGGAAGCAAUCCAUGCUUCAGGAAAGGGAAGGACCAUUGGUGUUUCCAACUUCCUCAAGCCGGAUCUGGAAGCGGUUCUUAAGACCGCAAAAGUUAUCCCUGUUAUCAAUCAAAUUGAGUACCAUCCAUACUUGCAGCACGGUGAUCUUGUCGACUUCCACAAGAAGCACGGAAUUGCUACUUCUGCUUAUGCUCCAUUGACUGCGGCGGUCAAGGCGAAGCCAGGUCCAUUAGAUGCAACGUAUGAGCAACUGGCGAGGAAGUACGGUGUCACGCCAGGAGAGAUCGCGUUGAGAUGGGUUAUCGAUCAGGGAAUGGUAGUUCUGACAACUAGUGCGAGCGAGCAGCGUCUGAAGGGUUAUCAGAAGAUAUCGCAAUUCAAGCUGACGCCGAAGGAGGUCGAAGAGAUCUCGGAGAUUGGAAAGAAGAAGCAUUUCAGAGGUUUCUGGUUGGAUAAGUUCGCCCCUGAUGAUAUAUCCUGA